AUGAGGGCAGAGCUGCCCGUGUUUGGGCCCAGGGCCCUUGGGGGGCGCGACGGGAGCAGAGCACUGACGGGCACGCAGGGUCCUGGGAGGCUGGUCCUGGCUUUGGGCAGAGACUUCCGGCUUCAUGAUCCAAGCCCGCUGGAACUUGACCUAGGUGACCCCAGGCUUCAGGAGUCGGCACCUCCUCCUGACCGCCUUUGGGUGACCUUGAGCUGCGGGAGGGUGAGGAUGGGUGUUGAGGUGGCCGCGUCCCACCCUCUAGGUGCCCAGAGCUUUGCCCUUGUCACCGCGUCCCCAUCACCCCAGGGGGGCCCAGGACCCACACUACGCAGCAGUGGGGCCCUGGCCCCCGGACGCCAGGCGACCCCCCAGUCUGGACAUCAGAAGCAGCGAGGUGUCCUGGGGGGGCCUGACCCUUCACCUGUGCGUGGCCCCGGGGGACAAGGCGGCCAGGGACAGCUCAGGUCCUGGACAGGAGCCGGGGUCCAGGCGCCCCAGUCCCCACCCACGGCUGACCCGCUCCGGAUGCAUGCCCUGCAGCCCUCGGUGCUCUUCGCAGAAGGACCCCGGGAAGGUGAGCUGAUGUGA